CAACAACGUAACGCGCAUACCGAAAAUCUCGAUAUCCUAAUAAUGCAAGUACGCGUAACUACGCUGUUCAAAAUCGUGUGUGUGUAGUAAGAGAGAGAAGUAUUCUGACGAAAUAACCAAAAGGGGCGACACACAUCAAUUCUUGUGCAAAUUGUGUGUAUAUAAUAAUAUUCUAUAUACGUGUCACACAGCGAAGUAGACAAUAUCGUAUAUUGUUUGGCAAGGGAUUGAAAAACAAAAGAAAGCAGCAAGAAGAAGAAAAAAAAACUACGAACUAGUGAAUCCGAGUGCAUAUAUACGUACAUACAUACAUAUUAUAUGUAUAUGCGACGAUGAAUGGUUAACAACUCGGCUGAUAUUCGACCCGAGUCAUUUGUUCGUGUUUCGAUUUUAAUUGAAUGACUGAUAGUAGAGGCAGUAGUACAUACGUUUCAAAGUGAUUCACGUUUCGAGUGUUUCCUGCUGUUGUUAACCCUGAUUCAUAGGGCCAUGGUUGACCGACUUGUAAACAGCGAAGCCAAUGCCAGGCGUAUCGCGAUGGUGGAAAGCUGCUUUGGCAGCGCGGGCCAGCCACUUGCGGUACCUGGGAGGGUAUUGGUCGGAGAAGGUGUCCUGACAAAGAUGUGUAGAAAAAAGCCAAAACCGCGGCAAUUCUUUUUAUUCAACGAUAUACUGGUGUACGGAAAUAUCGUGAUAAACAAGAAAAAAUACAACAAACAACAUAUAAUUCCCCUGGAGGAGGUGAAACUUGAAUCAUUGGCCGACGACGGACAAUAUCGUAAUGGUUGGCUGAUAAAAACUGUAAUGAAGUCAUUCCCUGUUUACGCUGCAACCGGUACAGAGAAGCAAGAAUGGAUGGCUCACAUUACAAAAUGUAUUGAAGAUCUUCUAAGAAAAAGUGGUAAAAAGCCAGUCGAGAUCCACGCCGCCGUUUGGGUACCGGACAACGACGCAAACGUUUGUAUGCAUUGCAACAAAACACAAUUCACAGUUUUAAACAGACGGCAUCACUGCCGGCAAUGCGGAGCCGUUGUUUGUGGACCCUGCAGUAACAAAAAACUGCUUCUGCCUGGUCAGGGUGGUGGAAAACCAGUCAGAGUAUGCUUACAGUGUUACGACGCCGCCAGUAAAGUUAAAAUAGCAACGACUCCUGGCGACAGUCUCAACAACAGCAAAGACGCACCGCGCAAUUCUGCCGAUAGUUCAGGCGACGAUAGUUCGGGUGACGAAGACGACAGCAAUAAGGAAGCAAACCACGACGAGCCAAAAUUCUACGGUACUGUUAAUUCGUUGGAUGAGAAGUAAGUAACGCAGCCUAAGGAGGAGCAAUAUCAGAAGUUAUAAAUAUUGUUUAGUUGAAUAUUUUUUAAAUGAAAUAUGAUUGGAAUUUUUGUAUAGCUCGAUGGUUAAAGGUGAAAAUUUAUUUAUACGUACAUUGCAGUAAUCAUUGUUAGUAAUACGUCUCUGAUAUUUGCUAUCAACUUUAAACGGAGCGUGGCUCAUCCAGAUCUAUAAAGAAAAAGAAAAAAAAUCAUUUCAUUACCGUCCCUCCGAUCAAACUUUGUAUUUUGUGCAAUUUUUAGUGAAAGAAAACAAAUACUAAACUCUGUUAAAAUCGAGUAUUUCAUUUUUUUUCUUCAAUUAUUUCUGAGGAAAUAAUACUUAUCCACAAAACACGCAUCGAAUAAAUGCAACAAGAAAUAGCUCAGCAUAUUCAUAGCUUGCGUAUCAAAGUCAUUUGUGAAUAAUAUUAAAUUUAACUGCUAUCGAUAGGUUUGUUUGUAGCUUAAUUAUUUUUUUUUUUUUUUUUUUUUAUCAUUUUCCAAGUUUACGUGUCAUGAAUAAGAACAUUUAGCUUCGUCAUUGAUCUAGCUAUAAGACAUUAAGUAUUACAUUUAUAACUUUGUGCCUUGUAAACAUUGUGAAAAAUUUAACUUCCGAAUGAUUUAAAAUUCUCCUAAAACCAAUAGUCAACUAGAAUUUACGAAAACAAAAUAACGAUUUACUUAUAAAUUGAAACAGUUUGGACCUGGGACGUAAAAUGAACUGUAAGACGGCUACCUCAGUUGAAAAAUGAAAAUGCUAAUGUUUUUUUGAGACAAAAUAAUACUUCUGCAACUAAAUUGCACAUCACAGUUAUUUAGCCACGAAUACAUAGACUGGACUUAUUAGUUACGUCAGAGUGUGUAAAUAUAUAUAUAUACAUAUAUAUGUAUAUAUGCACUUUUUCUCUGUACAAUUCUAUGUAUGAAUAUAAUAUGUAUUAUGUGCUUGAACCGAUGUUAUUUCAAGGACCACAAGUUGUGCAACAUACUGAGCAAUAUAACAAUGUUUAGUAUAAUCAGUUGAAAUUGGGAGGCGGCUCUAAACUGACAAAGUAAAUGAUACAUUUUUAUACGGUAGUGACACAUGUAUGGUAAAUAUUUUUGCUACACGUAAUAUUUUAAAGGCAAACGGAUGAGGAGAUGAAACUUGAAUAUAUUGUGUGCGUUUUACUGUAAAAAUAUUCCGCUCACGGCACUAAAUAAAAUCUGCAAAGUUUCAUUCGGAGCAAAAUAUUACUUCACAUAUCUCAAUUGAAUUAGAUUUUAUCUAAUGAAUUAAAACACUUGUGUUCGAUAAGAAUUUGUCUAACAAAUUUUGUGACUGUAGAAACGAAUGAAUUUUAUUUUGUGUCUGAACGAAUAUUUUUCAUACAGUUGCGAUUGUAUGUAAGGUAGAAAUCCGUUUCUUACAUAUUUUUUAUAUUAUAGCUUGAGUCAAUUACUAAUCUACUUGUGUCACUACCUGCGAUAAUGAUGAUAAUAAAUCAUAAAAAUUAUUAUCCUAUUUUGGUUAAUAGAUGCGAUAUACUUUUUUAACUCUAUACAUUACACAUACAUUAUAUGAAGUAAUACGUAUAAGGAGCGUAAGAGAAUGUGAGAAGAGACACACAGCCAUAGGAUAAUAAGACAGCGAGCUUUUGCUUCGAGAAAGAAUGAAAGUAAAAGAGGAAUUGGGAUGUCCUGGGUAGA